GGAAGUCGCUCCCCGACGACUCGGCGGCGUCUGUGGGCUCGCGGUUGCUGGCCGUGACUUUUCCGCGCUCGAAGACCCCGCCGCCGCGCUCGCCGCCAUGGGGAAACGCCAGCACCAGAAAGACAAGAUGUACAUCACCUGUGCUGAGUACACUCACUUCUAUGGUGGCAAGAAGCCAGAUCUCCCCCAGUCAAAUUUCCGCCGUUUGCCCUUCGACCACUGCAGUCUCUCUCUGCAGCCCUUCGUCUACCCGGUCUGCACCCCGGAAGGCGUCGUCUUUGACUUGCUGAACAUAGUUCCGUGGCUUAAGAAGUACGGGACCAACCCCAGCACUGGAGAGAAACUCGACGGACGGUCCCUGAUCAAGCUGAACUUCGCCAAGAACAGUGAGGGGAAGUACCACUGCCCGGUGCUGUUUACCGUGUUCACCAACAACACCCACAUCGUGGCUGUCAGGACCACGGGCAACGUCUACGCCUACGAGGCUGUGGAGCAGCUGAACAUCAAGGCCAAGAACUUCCGGGACCUGCUGACCGACGAGCCCUUCUCCCGGCAGGACAUCAUCACCCUGCAGGACCCCACCAAUCUGGACAAGUUCAACGUCUCCAACUUCUUCCACGUCAAGAAUAACAUAAAGAUAGUAGACCCAGAUGAGGAAAAGGCCAAACAGGACCCGUGUUACUAUUUGAAAAACACCAACGCCGAGACGCGCGAGACGCUGCAGGAGCUGUACAAGGAGUUCAAAGGGGACGAGGUCCUGGCCGCCACCAUGAGAGUCCCCGAGAAGAAGAAAGUGGACAAGCUGAACGCCGCCCACUAUUCCACAGGGAAGGUCAGCGCCUCCUUCACCUCCACCGCCAUGGUUCCCGAGACCACACAUGAAGCAGCGGCCAUCGACGAGGACGUGCUGCGCUACCAGUUUGUGAAGAAGAAGGGCUACGUGCGGCUGCACACCAACAAGGGCGACCUCAACCUGGAGCUGCACUGCGACCUGACCCCCAAAACCUGCGAGAACUUCAUCAAGCUGUGCAAGAAGCAGUACUACGACGGCACCAUCUUCCACAGGUCCAUCAGGAACUUCGUGAUCCAAGGGGGCGACCCCACCGGCACGGGCACAGGUGGGGAGUCGUACUGGGGGAAGCCGUUCAGAGAUGAGCUCCGGCCCAACCUCUCGCACACCGGCCGGGGCAUCCUCAGCAUGGCCAACUCCGGGCCCAACAGCAACAAGUCGCAGUUCUUCAUCACCUUCCGCUCCUGCGCGUACCUGGACAAGAAGCACACCAUCUUUGGACGGGUGGUCGGCGGCUUCGACACGCUGACGGCCAUGGAGAAUGUGGAGAGCGACCCCAAAACUGACCGCCCCAAGGAGGACGUGCGCAUCGAAGCCACCACUGUGUUCGUGGACCCCUAUGAGGAGGCCGACGCCCAGAUCGCGGAGGAGCGGAAGAAGACCCAGCUGGAGGCGGCCCCGGAGGCACCGGCCAAGGCCCCCCAGCCCCAGGCGGGGAGCCAGGGUCCCCAGACCUACCGCCAGGGGGUCGGCAAGUACAUCAACCCGGCUGCCACGAAACGGGCGGCCGAGGAGGAGCCGGCAGCCAGCGCCGCCGCGCCCGUGCCCAAGAAGCAGCCGGGCCGUGGUGGCUUCGGGGACUUCAGCUCCUGGUAGGGAUGCGGGGCUGGCCAGUAUCCCCCUCACCCCGCCACCUGGCGCCGCCCAGGAACCCGGGCGCCUGGGGGCCGGGAGCACCGCAGGACUCCAGCCCAGGACGGGGGCCGGCCCCCACCCC